AUGCGUCUUUCCUCUGCCCUUGUUUCUUCCAUCCUCGCACUCGCCCCGCUGGUACUCGGGCAAGACGCCAGCCUCGACUCCGUCAGACAAGCAUUCGAGGCCGCUAAUAUCCCGCAAAACCUCACCGUCACAUUCAACCCGACGGUUCUCCUCGAUGUAACCCUCCCGCAGACCAGCGGCGACCCGAUCACGCUGAGCGCAGGCCUCCAGCUGCCCCGUAACGCAACCGCCGGCCCACCCACCUUCUCCCUCCGCUCCAACGCCAGCGUCGGCACCGGCCCCUUCGUCAUCGCGUCCGUCGACCCCGAUGCGCCGACGCCCCAGGACCCCAUCCGGGCGAGUAUAAGGCACUUCCUGGGCGGGAGCUUCGUGCUGUCGGGCACCGAGAGCGGGGUGUUGGCGAACAGCACGCCUGCGCUGACGGAGUACAGGGGCCCGAACCCGCCGGCGGGGUCGGAUCCGCAUCGGUACAUCUUCCUCAUCUACGCCCAACCAGCAGGGUUCGACGCACAGACGGCCGUCACGCCCGACACGGCUAUCGCCAACUUCAAUCUGAGCGCGUUCGCCGAAUCGACCGGGUUGGGAAACCCGAUUGGGGGGACGUUCAUGGUGGUUGGGCCGGAUGCGCCUGCUGCUAGUAACGGUACUGACGGUACUGACGCCACGAAUGGGACGGGGACGGGCAAUGGCACGGAUACGCAGACUUCGGGGGCGGCAAGGGCGGCGUAUAAUGUUGUCGGCGCUUUGAUUGGGUAUUUGCUGUGA